AUGGAAUUUUCCGUCGUCCAGCUCAUCCCCUCGCCACCAGCACUCCCAGAAUGGGUCGAAUCCUCCACCUCGGCCCUCUCCAGCCCCUUCGUUUCCACCACCGUCACCGUCCUCCUAUCCUUUUUGCUAUGCAUCCCCGUGGCCGUCCACCUGUGCAAGGAUACCCACAUCAAGGAGGCAGCCAAGCAGUGGCACAGGGUCGUCCGCAUCUACAAGGUCCUGCAUCCCUUCUUCAUCCCGCCCGACCGCGCCGCGGCCAGGACGCUCUUCGUCAACCUCCUGUGCGUCGGCAUCUGCAUCCUCGUCGGUAGGGUCGUCCACCUCGUCUCCCCGCUGCUGCUGCGAAACAUUGUCGACAAUCUCGCCAGAGGCCAGCAGCAACGCCGCGAAUUGAAUGCAGCAACAACAACAAUAACAACAACAACAACAACAGCAGCAGCAGCAGCAGCAGCAGCACAAACGCAGGGCGGUGCCGCCAGCACCAACAUGGCCGCCGCCGCCGCCGCCGCCGCCCCAAUGCUAACCUUUCCCUGGCCGCAAAUCGUCGCCUACAUCAUCAUCCGGCACAUCGUGCCCCGCAUCGUCAGCCACCACGAAUACCGCUGCGGCAAGGUGGUCUGCCGCGAGGUGUCAAACCGCAUCUCCAUCGCCGCCUACCGCCAGUUCCUGUCCUUUGGGGCCGACUACCACGAGACUGAGUUGCGGGCCAACAAGAAGAAGAAAGCCGAGGAUAAGAAGAACGGCAACGACAGCGACAGUCCCGCCUUGGACCCGCCCUACUACGUCGUUCUGUACUUGAGCCCCUGGGGUGCUAGGUGGGUCUCGUCGUGGGUCUUCUCGUCGGCCCCGAGCGUGGUCGACCUCUUUGUCGGGCUGGGCGCCUUUUGGUCCGUCGGCGGCGGCGUCAUGGCCGCCACCAUGGCCGCGCUGCUGGUGCUCUUCAUUGCCACGUCGGUGGCCCAGAUCCUGGGCCGGGAUGACAGCCGCAAGAAGGACCUGCGCGACGCCCAGUCGGCCCGCUUCGGCCGCGUGGUGGACCGCCUGACCAACUGGCAGACGGUGGAGCUGUUCGGGACUCGCGACCACGAGACCGAGGGCCUGAGGGACCUCGGGGAGGUCGAGCAGCGGCUCGAGGACGAGGAAAUGGGAUUCGAUGGGCGCUGGGGUUUCGGCCGCGGCGAGGCCCCGCCCUUCUUCGUCGAGAUGGCCGGCCUGCUCCUCCUCAGCCUCAUGUCGGGCUGGCAAAUCGACCGGGGCGAGCGCAGCAUCGGCGACUUUGUCAUGCUGACGCAUUACUAUCGCGAACUGAUCUCGCCCGUCAACCAGAUCCUGUGGAGCUUCCGCAGCGCCGGCCGCGAGAUCGACCGCCUGAUGCAGGUCGUCAACGUGUUGGAGCGCCAGCCGGCCGUCAGGGACGGCCCCGACGCGCCCGAGUUCGAGUUCAAGUCGGGCCGAAUCGAGUUCCGCGACGUCGUGUUUUCGUACCCGGACGCCAAGCGGCCCGCGCUGGACGGCGUGUCCUUCUCGGUCGAGGGCGGGCAGACGGUCGCCAUCGUGGGCGAGACGGGCGGCGGCAAGUCGACCCUGCUCAAGCUGCUGUGCCGGACGCACGACACCACCUCGGGCAGCGUGCUGAUCGACGGCCAGGACGUGCGGGCCGUGCGGCGGGCUACGCUACUCGACCGCAUCGCCGUCGUGCCGCAGCUGGCCGGCGUUCUGAGCGCCAGCGUGCUCGACAACGUGCGGUACGGCCGGCCCUCGGCGAGCGAGGAGAAGGUCGAGGAGGCGUGCAGGGCCGCGCACCUGCACCAAAAGAUCACCACCGCCUUCUCCGACGGCUACGGCGAACAGGUCGGCUCGAGGGGCUCCACGCAGCUGUCGGGCGGCGAGGCGCAGCGGUUGGCCAUCGCGAGGGCGCUGGUGCGCGACGCCAGGAUCGUCAUCUUUGACGAGGCCAUGAGCAGUCUGGACAGCGAGACCGAGUGGAAGAUCCAGACGCACCUGCGCGAGUGGUGUCGGGACCGGACCGUCGUCAUUGUCGCACACCGCUUGGCCACCGUGGCCCAGGCCGAUCUGAUCCUGGCCAUCAAGGAUGGAAAGGUUGUCGAGAGGGGGACGCAGGCCGAGCUGUUGGCCAAGGAGGGAUACUACCAUAACCUGUGGACCAAGCAGAAGCUUGUUGCCUAG